GCUUGUGAUGUAGAGCAGACGGACCAUGGCGCUGUGUAGCUCUGUGUGACAGGUUAGCAUCACCGAACACCUCCGGACGGACGCGUCUGCGCACUGACAUCCGCCGCAGGCAGACACACCGCGGCGGGGUGACAAACAAGGAUGGGGUCCCGAAUCAAGGAGAGCCCCGAGUCCACGUAUGAGGUCUUCCUGGAGGUCUCACAACCAGGAAUACACACUUCAGGGCCGGAGGUGAGGAGACAGUAUCCUGCAGAUUACACGGACCAGGAAACUCUUAACACGGUGCCCAAAUUCUGCUUCCCCUUCAGCAUGGACAGCCUGACGGUGAACCAGGUCGGGCAGAACUUCACAUUUGUGUUGACGGACAUCGAGAGCAAACAGAGAUUUGGUUUUUGUCGUCUCUCUUCGGGGGCUCACACCUGCUACUGCAUCCUCAGCUACCUGCCGUGGUUUGAAGUCUUCUACAAGCUGCUGAAUAUCCUCGCCGAUUACACCAUCAAAGGACAGGAGAGUAACUGGCAGGAGCUGCUGGUGUCUCUACACACUCUUCCAAUCCCCGAGCCCGGAGUCCCCGUUCAUCUGGGUGUGCAUUCCUUCUUCACUGUUCCCGACACAGGGGAACUCCCCAGCAUACCUGAGAAUAGAAACCUAACAGAGUAUUUUGUAGCAGUAGACGUCAACAACAUGCUUCACCUGUACGCCAGCAUGCUUUAUGAACGACGAAUCCUCAUCUGCUGUAGCAAACUGAGCACUUUAACCGCUUGUGUCCACGGCUCUGCAGCCAUGAUGUAUCCGAUGCACUGGCAACACGUUUACAUUCCUGUCCUGCCUCAACACCUGCUAGACUACUGCUGUGCCCCCAUGCCCUACCUCAUCGGAGUACAUUCCAGCCUGAUGGAGAAAGUCCGAGGGAUGGCUCUGGAUGACGUGGUGGUCCUGAACGUGGACACAAACACCCUGGAAACCCCGUACGACGACCUCCAGAGUCUGCCCAACGACGUGGUUUCAUCUCUAAAAAGUCGUUUGAAGAAGGUUUCCACGACAACGGGAGACGGUGUAGCUCGGGCGUUCCUGAAGAGUCAGGCGGCUUUGUUCGGCAGCUACAGGAACGCUCUGCAGAUCGAACCGGGAGAGCCGAUCACGUUUAAUGAAGACACGUUUGUGAACCAUCGUUCCAGUGCCAUGAGACAGUUUCUGCUGAACGCCAUCCAGCUGCAGCUCUUUAAACAGUUCAUUGACGGUCGGUUGGACUUGUUGAACGCAGGCGAAGGUUUCAGCGACAUCUUUGAGGAUGAGAUCAACAUGGGAGAGUACGCAGGCAGUGAUAAGACCUACCACCAGUGGCUCUUCACAGUGAAGAAAGGGGGCGGAGCCAUCUUCAACACGGUGAAGACCAGGGCAAACCCGGCCAUGAAGAACGCUUACAAGUUUGCUAAGGACCACGCCAAAAUGCGAAUCAAAGAAGUGAAGAGUCGACUGAAGCAGAAGGAGCAGGCAGAGAACGGGUUCCCCACGACGGGGUCGGCAGUCAUCGACGACGACGACAACACGGCCGGGUUCACCUCGUCUACAGGCGGCGCAGUCAGGAGGGAGGGGCCUCUGCGAACACUGGAGGACCACCGGCCAAUCACUGUGCACUUUGGACAGGCUCGUCCUCCGAUGUUGCUGAAGAGGCCGAGCAGUAACGUGAGUCUGGAGAGCAGCGUCGACCACUCUCUCCGUCCCACUCGUCACUACACCGUCUUUCUCUCGGAGGAUUCGUCCGGAGACGAGCUCCAGUACGACGACGAAUCCAUCUCUGCUUUGCCCGACAGCUUUCUCUUCUCCGCCCCCUUCGAGUGGUCGCCUCUGCCUCAGCCGUACCGCUCCCUGAAGGAGGUCGAGCUAAUGGAAGCUGAUGAUCCCGGUUUUGGUGCAGAGAGUCACACGGCUCCUCCCAGUCCGGUCACCGAGAAGUUCUCCAACAUCAACCUGCUGGGGGACAUCUUCGGCUGCCAGGACGAGCCCGACGGCCAGCACAUGACCCUCGCCAAGAGUCUGGAGGACCUGAGGACCCCCAAAGACUCGGAGGAGCUGCAGGCCAAGUUCACCUACCAGCGGAUGGACCUGACAGUCGGGGAACACUCGCGGACUCUUCCGGGCCUCAAACUCUCCAACCUGUCUUACAACAAGCUGUGGAGCGUCGGAGCGGAGGAGUCCUCCCUGCCUGUGUCUGUUCCUCCGUCCUGCAGCAGACCUCCUUCUGUCCAGCUUCCUGUUCGGAGUGAAGCCCCCUCCCCUCCCCGAGACACCUCCAGCCCCGCCCCGGACCCUUUAGACCCCUCCUCCUCCUCUGGAAACAUCACCAUCCCACGCCCCCACGGAAGGAAAACCCCGGAGUUAGGGGGCGUCCUGGCUCCUCCUGGCGCUCAGUCUCGCUCUAAACCUGAGGGAGGGUCUACGUGGGGGGGGCAGGAGUUCAGACAGGCCUUGACCUUGAGCACAGAUGGAGACUUGCUGAAGCCCUCCAGGCCUGAGGAGGACAACAUAGACCUGAUCAGCCUGCUGGACCCCCUGAAAAACUCUACUCUAGCCAGCUCCGCCCCCCAGAGUGAUGGUGUGGGUGUGUCCCCAUCGUCCUGCAAACCCCCUCUUCCCCCCCGGCCGUAUCCUCAGGGCUUGCCCCCGUUCCCCCUGCACCCCCAGGUAUCACUGAACCCCUUCACCCCCUCCAUGCAGCACCCGUCCCCUCAGAUGCACUACGCCCCGACUGUCAGCGGGAACCCCUUCAGCUCAGUCUACAGACCCCCACCUGGCUCAUAUUUACACACUCAAACCCCCCCACAGUCCUUUUCCUCUUUACCAGGACUCUACAGACAGCAAUCCCCUGGGGGGUCCACUCUGCCCCCCACAUUUGGACUGAUCCCCUCAGCCUUCCCCACCUGCUUGCCCCCCUCUUGCUCAAGCGACCACGCCCUCUCCAGCCUGGCCGGCCCCACGCCCUCCUCCUGUACCAAGCCCCCCCGCACCGAGGGAGACUCUCAGAGCGCUCAGGAUCUGUUUGGGGAUCUGCUGACUUUAGCGAAGCCGGCGACCCCCCAGAAGAAGAAGGUGGAGGACCUCAGGAGGAGGUGGGAAACGUUUGACUGAAACCUGUGAAUACACACUGACACGCCCCGCCCUGACCCCGCCCACCCUGACCCCGCCCCGUCACUACACACCUUUAUCAUCACUGCAGUGUCAGGACCUUCUGUUGCAGUAAACAGUUCACACAAACGAUGAGACGUCUAAAUUCAGUCUGAAAAUUUGCUUUGCCAAAGGUUGCAACGUCCUAAAUUAGAUGAAAACUAGUUAUGAAUUCAUUUUAAAAUAACUCUGAACCUCAAAGAAUAUCAGAAUGUGCUUUACCAGUUUCUUAAAAGUUGAUGAUGUCACAACAGAAGUACUUGAAUCAAUCAUUUCAAAGGAGACUGAGUUGACAAAAUGUUCCCUACUUUUGAUAGCGUGUGUUUUAAAAUGAUACAAUCUGUUAUUUUAAUGAUCAAAAGUACCAAAGCUUUCACAAACUGCAGAUCUUCACUUAGCUUUAAACCACAAGAGAGAGAGAGCACCGUCUACAUUGUUCAAAUACAUCGGCAACAUUUUGGCACCAUUUGAUAAGUUUAGUAGGACAGCAGACGUUAGAAGUUGUAGAACUGUACUUUUUAUCAAGACUGCUUUUAAAGGAGCAGUAUGUAACUCUGACCCCUAGUUGUUUAAAAUGGGUACUGCAGUCCAAAUGCUAAACAUUGUAGAGAGCUGUCUCUCCCCCCUCCCCCUCCUCUCUACAGUCGAUGCUCACACAGGUUGCCAUGUGGUGGACACUGAAGCUUCAGUGUUUAUCCAGCUCUGCAUCGGUCUGUAAACCUUUCUGUGUUCUAACCUCUCUCCAUUUUUCAAAAACAUCUCCAAUAUUGAUCCUAGUUUGAGCACGUUUCUGCUCGUGGAGCUUAUUAGAAACAUGCAGAGGCUUUUUAGGUCGGGUACAAUCACUUCUAUCUGAACCACUUCUCUUGCCCGCUUCCAUCACUGCAACACCUGUUGACCUGAUAACUGCUCUCAUAUCUGACAAACCAAGGGGCGUGCAAAAUGGCCGUGUGAGGGUGCCUUAAAACCGCCUACCUUCUCUGGUACAAACAAAUCCAGACCAUCGAUCCAUUAAGGAUUAUGUUUCAGACGUUACAGCCUGAUUACCUGCUGCAGGAUGAACUCAUCGACUGGAGACAUUCAGAGAAACUUUUUGUACCUUUUUAGUAAUUUAAAGACAAAAUUUGGAUAAAAAGGGUCGAAGGGAGAAGAUGACCCUGUAAUCAUGAAUGAAGAUGAGUCAGGAGUGUUUCAGCUGGUGUGCCUUUUUUCACUCUGACCUCAAGUCAGCCAAACGUUGAUCCCUCACACAAGGAGAGCUGCUGACAUGCUAACCUUCAGAGUUUUAGAUUUAAUCAGCGCGUUUUAUAUUUUCUUUUUUUUUCUCACUGCACAUGUUUACUGUUUCACAUCAGGUGGUGGACGAUCAGAGCUUUAACUUGUGGCUGUUGUCAUUAUCCAGGAACCCGUUGAUUGUUUUCUCCAUUUAAGGUUUUUACAGAGCACACCCACUCUGAUAAUUUCUAGUGUUUGUACAUGAAAUUCAAUAUCCCGUCAUUAAAGAGUCAAAACAAGAACAAGACGUCACAUUUUGAACCAGAAGCUGUGAAACAACACAUUAAAUUAAAUUUUCAACCAGUUUAAAUAAGUCUCAGAGCUCCUCAAAACAUGUGUGUGAAGUUUCUUGUUCUAAAUCCACUCUGAUCCUGUAUUUGAUCAUGCCUAUAAACCCCUCUAUUUCAGCCCUGCUCAGAACAGGCUGUUUCUGUGUCUGUACCUUUAAAUAUGUAAAUGAGCUGUGUGGCCACGCCCCCUAUCUGGAAGGGCUUGGGUGUCUCGGGCUUUCUCGCUCCAUGUCCGAGGGUGCGUUCGAAUUGUCCCUCCUAUCUCCUUUCACUAUCCACUUUACCUUAACCCCGGGGAAACGUCAUGAGGUUAAGGAAAGAUGUUAGGAGAAUUCAUAAAGGACUUAGGGAAAGGCGAUCUCGUUGCUCUGACAAUCCGACCACAUUUUCCACUAGGAGACGUCAUUAAAUGCGACGGGCCGGCGGAGGUUAAUGACGUGGGUCUGCUGUGGUGAAACUACUGAACUACUAGUUCUGAAAAUGGACUACUAAAGGCGCAUCUAAAAACUUUCCCCUGUGCCUUCUUACCAGUGAAAUAAUAAGGUUGGGAUUGAAAUAAAAGCAAUAUAGGCUACCAGGCUACAAGUAACAAAAGUGAAACCAGCAGCUUCCUGUCCACUCAGAAAUCAACAUCAACAUAAAUAUGAUUGUAUGAUAUUAAUUGUUACAUUUAUGUAAGAUAUAGCCUACAUAUAAUAUUUUAAGCAUACAAAUGUACAACUGCACAAAGCAUUCUUAAGUGAAUGAAAUAUGUUGAAUAAAACAUCAUCUGAUAAAAAUGUCUCUUAUCUUUUAUCUCUUACAUGAUCUGUGUCACUUUACGAUCAUCGUUAAUGUUCGUGAACGGUCGGAUGCGCGACUCGCUCUAAAUGUUGCGGCCGCAAGGAAUUGUGGGGCGUCAUAUCUCAUCUCCUUUCGUAAAGGAUGGUCCAGUGUAUCCUAUGCUAAUGGGGGUCAUAAAGGAAGCAUUGACCCACCUUUCCUUAACUUUUAGAGAAUUUGAACGACUCUUAUCAUGGCCGCCACUUAAAUGCUUCCAGGGUUAAGGUAAAGUGGAUAGUGAAAGGAGAUAGGAGGGACAAUUCGAACGCACCCCUAUUGUUUACGGUGAGAAGGCAGACUCAGAGGGCAGAACAAACACCUAGCUGUGGGAGUGUCACCCACCUGGGGGAGGGGCUACUGCCCUUUGUGAUGUCAUGAAGGGAGAAUCUCCAAACGAGAGAGGAUGGACUUUUCUCAUCAUUGGGGGGUUUGUAGACAGACUAGAGACACACAUUAGAGUUACAGAAACAUGGUGAAGUGUGUUUAGCAGAAUAUGUGACCCUUAAUAGAUUAACUUAAUAAUAAUCUGAAUGUUUGCCCAAGGAUUCAGUAACCAGAAAACAUUUAGAAAAGUGUCGAACAUACUUAAUGAAAUUAAAUCAUCUUCAA